AUAUUCUAUUUAUGAAUGGGAUUUCCCCAGUCAACAACUCAUCAUUCGGAGAUAGAUAAAUAUGUGAACACAAACAAUGACAGUCACCUCCCAAUAUUUGUUAACAUUCACUAUCUGUUUUAUACUGAUAGGACUGUCAAAUGGAGAGAUACAUCGAGCUAAAAGUCCACAUAUCAAAUCUAACGGUAGAUCCACGAGGACGACAACAUCUGCCGAAUCAAACGUGGCAAACAACUUCGAGGAAAAAUCAAACAGUAACAGCAACAUUAUGGAUGGAGAGCGAAAUAUGUCUGAAGUGUGGAUUUUUUCAGUGUGUGGUUCGAUAGCCGUUGGUCUCAGUGGCAUUUUCCCUCUUUUGAUUAUCCCGAUUGAGGCUGGACCUGCAUUGAAACACGGAGCUGCAGCAAACAAAUUGAAGCUGUUAUUAAGUUUUGCUGUUGGUGGACUGUUGGGAGACGUCUUUCUCCAUCUGUUACCUGAAGCAUGGGAAUCUUUAGAUAAAAAUAGCCAUGACCAUGGAGGCCACCUGUCAGUUGGAUUGUGGGUAUUAGCUGGAAUACUAACAUUUUUAGUUCUAGAAAAGGCUUUUGCAAAAGAAGGAGAGUUUGACCAUUUAGGUGAUGAAUGUGAAGAGGAAGAAGUGGUGGUGGCAGAGAAACAAAAUAAAAAUACAAAUACAAAACAUAAAAAUUUACGUAACAGAGAUAAACAUAAGUCCAAUAAAAGUACAGAAAAUGGAAGUGUUCAGGAGAAUGGUAAAUCUGUACCACAGUCAAAAAAUAUAAAGAAAAAGACUGGUAUAGCUGAACAACAGUAUAAACAGCAGCAGAAUGGGGGGCAUAUGCAGCUGUCCACGGACACUGAAAAACCACAGGAAAUAAAAAUAAGUGGUUAUUUAAAUCUUUUUGCCAAUGUGAUAGAUAAUUUUACUCAUGGUUUAGCUGUAGGUGGUAGUUUUAUAGUCAGUAAUAAGGUUGGAUUUAUAACACUUUUAGCAAUUUUACUUCAUGAAAUACCACAUGAAGUUGGAGAUUUUGCAAUAUUACUGCGGUCAGGAUUUGAUAGAUGGAAAGCUGCAAAAGCUCAGUUGUUAACGGCAACAGGUGCAUUAGUAGGUGCUAUGACAGCAUUACUUGCUGACUCAGCAAAAGCUGCUGGAGACAGUACAGCCUGGAUCCUGCCCUUCACUUCUGGUGGCUUCAUUUAUAUUGCAUUAGUAACAGUAGUACCAGAUUUAUUACAGGAAACACAUGCAAAAGAAUCAAUGAAACAGCUGCUGUGUCUGUGUGCAGGGAUAUCAUGCAUGUAUGGUGUUUGUAUGAUACAUUGACAGUGUAACAGUGUUCUGUGAUAAUCUCAAUAUACUGUGCAGCUGGUUGUGUUCAUAGUAUUAUAGUCUUUAAACAAGAAUCUUUUGUAUGUCAAGUUCAGUAGAAUUUACUCAAAUGAUAUUUGUAUGGUAGAUCUCCCAAUGAGAAACUCUUGUGACAAUUGAUCUCUCCAUUACAACCAAACUCAUACAAGUGUUUGUCAAUUGCAACUGGUCAAUUCUGGUAAAAAAAUUAUUGAGACCUGUUUUAGUAAAAAAAAUUAAUGAAAAUUAAUGCUAACCAAGCAUUUGAGUUGAUGUAGCUUACAUAAGGUGAUUAAUCUUAAGAUCCACUUGCAGAUUUUUUUUAAAGUUCUUCAUAAAAUUAAGAAUGAAUGGCCACUUGCAAGAGUAACUGAAUAACAUUUCUAUGAUUUUAGUUGUAAUGGACUAUAAAAGUAUUUUUUCCUUGACUCCAAUUUGAAUGUUUUUUGAAAAAGAAGAGUUGUUGAGUUCUAACCAAUAAACAGGCUUCCAUAGCACUUUAUACAUGUCUUACAAUGCAAAAUAUGAGUAAGGAGAAACUUUAUGAGCUAAUAUAUAAAGAUUCCUAAGCCUCAUAAUAAAAAUAUUUCAGCAAUAGACUUUUGAUUUGAAAAUUUAAUUAUUUUUUAGUACUAAAAUUAUUAGAUAUGGAAUUUGAUUUGCUCAAGAAAUCCUGGUAAUAUAAAAUGUAGAUAAUUAUUUAGAUCUAGUUGUUAUGCCUAAUGUCUGAUAGAUUUGUGGUUCUUCAACUUAAACCAAACAUUAUUUCAACAUUGUACCCAAAAUUGUUGUCUUUUGAAAUCAAACUGCCUGUGUUAGAACUAGGGUAAAUCUAGGUUAAGUUUUGUAAAUAAGCCAAUAUACUUGAGCAAUUUGAUUUUAACAGGUAAUAAUUUUGAAUAGCUUCUGUAUUAAGACAAUGGAAGGAAUAAGAUGAAUGAUUUCCUCUGUAAAAUGUGCUGCAAUUUGUCAUAUGUAUUUAUUUAUUGAUUGUUAUUUAUCAUUCAUUAUCUUGUUAGAACGUUACAUUAUUUCAUAGGUUUACAUUCAAUUGCAAUGCAAUUACAAUUUUUCUCUUUUAUUUGUUUAUUUAUAUGAAACAUUGUUAUAAAUAUUUUAUGAUAGGUACAACUUAUUGUUACCAAACCUGAAAAUUCCUGCGGUAAUUCAUAUAUUACUUUUCUGUCAGUCAUUAAUAUUUUUAUCUUUUAAUAUCUAUUAAUUUUUCUUCCAUUAUUGUCUUAUUCCAUAGAAAAUGUUUAAGCUUGAGUUUUCCAUGUGCAAAAUAUAUUUAAAGAAAAAGACUCAAGAUGACCUACCUUUGGUUUCAUCAGCUGUUUAGGAAUUCAUAUUUUAAUUAAGCUUCUUAUCUUUGAAAAUGUUAGUUGAUGUAUCAAGUCUUAUAAAAAGCUAAGUUUUUUAAUAAACCUGUAUUAUGAAAGCUUUUUCUUUUUUCAAAUCCAAGCAUUAUCAUAAAUAAAUCAUUGAAAUAUACCCAAAAAAGUAGUGCAAAUAUGAUAGUAGUGUGUAAUAUGUCUUUUAAUUAAGUAUUUGUCAUGGCUGAAAAAGUCAUUAUACCGCAUUGGUAAUUGUCACAAAUAUUUUUAAAAUACCUUUUAAAUCCAUUUUAAAUCCAACAAUCAAAAUAGAAAGUAUGUGAUAUUAGGCAAGGACCAACUUUUCUGUAAAUGUUGAUGUAAAUAUAUAUUUAUGUUCAUUAUGAUAUAUUGAUAAUAUCCUAAAUGUUUUUUUAGCAGCUGCUUUUGUGCUCAGUUAAACAUAUAUUAAAAAAUUUCAGUUACAGGAAACUUUAGCCUGUUUCAAACUAGUCAAACUCAGCUUUAUAUAUGAUGAAUUUAUUUUCAUAGGUACCAAUUGUCAAUGAUUGAACAAUUCUCUAUUUUGCGGCAACAUCAUUUUGAGGUUUUUAACACUGAAAUAUGCAGUUCCCCAUUUCCCCAAAAAUCCAAGAUAAGAAAUUUUUUUUCCAGUAGAAAAUCAUGCUUUUGAAGAAUUUCUGAAAUAGGAGUAUGUUCGCUAAGGUCCUAAAAUGGCCCCCUUUUUUAGCGUAAAUUUCAAAUUCAGAUUUAUCGACCAAUAUUACGAUUAAUUACAGCUAAUACAUUGACUACCAAGGAUAUAAACCAUUUUGUUGAAAAUUUUACGCUUCUGCGUUUCAUUAUGACGUCACAAGUUGUACUCAUAUUGAUUUUUCACGAUAAAAUCAAUUAAAAUGGGUAAAUUUACAUAGAUUAUUGGACAUGAAACAUAGAGCGCAUACGUCGACAACAAAGAUCUUUUAAGAUAAUGUGUGUGAAGACAUUUCACAUGUCUAAUUUGAAUCUUAAGCUUGUCGACGCCUGCGCUCUAUGUUUCCUGGUCCUUCAUUUGGUUGAAAUCUAGCUGAUUUUGUCAAAUUUCACCAAAAUCCCUUAUUUUGACCUUUUUGGGAUGUAAAAAUCAACGUGUUAGAAUUAAACUUUGACAAAAACAGUUCUGUUUAACUUUCUAACAUGUCUGUAAGGCAACUUUAGACAUUUAUUGUCUUGAAACUAUGAACUUUAUAAUUGGGGCCAAAUAUGGCCCUUACCGAACUUACUCCUUUCUUGUAAGAAAUUCUGAUGUUAAAAAAGUUCUGAAGAGAAAUUAGGAAAAUACUACUUAUUUAAUGGCAAAACUUUUACUUACACUGUAUAAAAUCAUAAAAAAAAAAAUUGCUUGUAAAUGGCAACCUUUUGCAUCUUUUCUAAAUAUUUCUUUUGUUACUAUUUUAGAGUGCCAUAACUCUGACAGUAUUCAUGAAAUGCCAUGUUUUAGUUUAUCAGAACAGCUGUAAUAUGCCUUCCUAUGUCUUCAAUAUAGCCUUUAUUAUAUUUAUUCUAUCAAUUUGCACUUUGAUGUCUUGACUACGGUUCUCUUGCAGCAGUUUAUAAAUAAUCACAAACUUCUUUAAAAAAAAGAUUGAGAACUUCCUUAUUUUUUUCAAAGCUGUACUGUGGGAAAUAUAACAUGUUUAAAACUUUCUAUAAACUUAUUGUAUCUCAACAUGCAGAUGUCUAUAUUGACCAACACAAAAUCUGCCCUAAAAUCUACAUAUUAUCAUAGAUGAGAGGGGGUAGGAGGGGUCCUGAUCCUGAAAUCCCGGGCUUAAAAACACUAAAUCCUGAGGUCCCGAAUUUCAAUAAAGUUGAAUUCUGGAUCCCGAAAUUUGAAAAAAAGGAUUCCCGGAUCCCAAAAUGAUAAAUCUUGAAAUCCAGAGCUUAAAAACACCUGAUCCCGGAGUCCCGAUAAAGGUCCUAUCCCCCCUCAUAGAUAAAAAGAAGAUUCCAAUGAAAAAGUAUGUGAUAUAAUAUAGCAUAGAGACUUUAAAUUAGGUAGGUCUUCUGGAAUGAACUGAACUAUUAAGCCUUUUGUUUUUAGUGAGAACAUAGGAAGGCAUUAGCAAAAGUGUUUAUUUUAAUAUUAGCCAUUUUUAGAUACAAUGUUUUGAAAUUUUAUCUUUUUAUUUGGUAAUAGUUUCUAUAUAAUCAUUAAAUCCAUAUAUAUUUCUUAUAUGAGCUGUUAAUGUGAAAUGUUUGAGCAAUUUAAUAGAAAUAGUAUAUGCAAAAUAUAUUUUUUAUAUGAAUUUUUUAGGUCAGUGACAGUAGCUUUUACAUAUGCAAGAUGUAGUAUUAUUGUAAAACAGUAGACUUUUGAUAAAUGUGCAAUAUUUGAAUAUUUUAUUUUAUUUGUACUAACUAGUAUUUAAAGUAUAAUCCACUGUCAUUUACCUGAUCUCAGAAUAGUUGUCCUUUGGUAAUCUGAAUUACUUUGUAGAUGAUGAUUUCUUUAGUAGAUAAAUUGUAUAAUUUUCCCUCCCAACAGCCAUAUGUUAAAUAAUAAUUCUGAGGAAAUAACCUCUAUUGAAACUUUUGUAAGCAGAGGAAAAUAUUUUCCAUAUAUUAGAAUAAUGGCAACAUGUAUUCAUAGAUUGUAUUAAAUAAGUAAUAUUUUAAGUUAUUUUAAUAAUAUGGAGCAAUGCAUAGAAAUAAAAAGAAAGAAAGAAUGUAUGUCUUAAAUGGUCAAGUUUUUGUUACAUUAAAAGAGGAACAGAAUGAAUAUUAAUUAGGAAGUUAAAUUUGUGUAGAUUUUCCUCUUCCCAAUAACUGUAUAUAUUUUGAUUCUUGGGCACCUUCUUGUGCUUCUGGGCUAAUAAUUUUUUAUAAUGAUUACAAUGAUAAUUAUCUUUAUUUAUUCGUGUCAAGUAGUUAAUUGCUUUGAAAAACUUUUGUCAUAUAUCGUUCUUUUAGAGACAAUAUGUAUCCAUUCAUGUGUAUAAUUUUCUCUUCAUUGAUAAAAAUAAUGUAGCUAACAUGAGGGAGAAAAGUUUUUGCUUUUUGGGAACGAAAAACAGUUGAAACUAAAAAUUAAAUUGAAUAUUACAUUUCAUUAAUGAUAAUUCACUUUUACAAAUAACAUCUUACAUUUUAUUUAAUUCAGUCAUAUGUAAUAAGAGUUCCAUUUGAAACAAAAUUAUGGCCACUGCAAUAACAUAUAAGGAAAGAAUUUGAAUGCAUCAGAAAUAUCAAAUUUACACAAUGCACUUAUUCUUUCACGCUUAAGAAUAGUUUAAUAGCAUCAUUCAUUUUAAAAUUAUAUGACAUAGUGUAAAAAUUCCUAUCUAUCAUAUCAUAUACAUUUACAAAUGUCAUCAGAUAAGUCUAGAAUGAGGUGCUUAUUAUCUAUCUACUUCCUUUCUACCAGGACUUUCUUUGUCACAUACUUUAACUUAUCAGAAACAACAACAUGCAUUUGAUUGUGAUCUUGCAGAAGAUUAUUUUACGUUUUUAUGUUUCCGGCAGUUUCAUUACUUAUUAUACAAUCAAAACCUUAUCUUGAUUAUCUUAAUUGGAAGCUAAGGGCUUUGUUUAAUUCCCUCCUGUGAAUGCUGGUAAACAUUAUUGGCUGAAUAGGAAUUUCAACAUUUUAAAUGACCAAUUAAUGUAUCAUUCAUCAUUAUAUAAUGUGUUCAAAUUACUUUUCUUUUUUCAUCAAAGUUUACGCAUGGGUGUAUUUCUUAUCAAAUGAAUGUAAUAUUUGCUAAUUUUUUGCCAAACAAAUAUUUAUUGGUGCUUUGUAUUUUUCUCUGUAUCAUGAGGUAACUCAUACAUGUAUUGCUAAACAUGUAUUCUAAAUCAUUAUUAGUAAAAUUUGGAAUUAAAUGUAGCAACAAAAUAAAAUCCAUCAUGCAGAUAUCAAGAAAGUUUCUAUGAGCACAUCUUUUUGACAAUGUAUGUAAGAAAAUGAAGGAAAUUAUUUAGUCUUAAAUGAUACUGUAUAGAUCAAAUGAAAACUACAAUCUUUUAUUGGAAAAAGUAUCAACAAGUAUAUUCCAACCAACAAUUCCCCUAGUUUUUCUAGAUAAGACAUGCAGUUAGGCAUUAUAUCUUAUUUCGAUUGAAAAUAAUAUACAUUAUGCAAUAUAUUCAUCUGUUUAGAGCAUAUGUUUGUUUUUAGUGAUAAAUAUACGAUACCAAGUACUAUCAUGUUUGUUAAGAAAUGUUUCAAACCAUUAUUGUUAUCAUGCUUUUAUCAUGAACAUCUAAAAAUAAAAGAAAUAUAUUGUCA